GAAGCGUGAACAUCUGUGACUGAAGAAUUCAGACCUGCCAUAAAGACACGGCCUCUCCCUCCAUCUUCUACUGACACGAGCAGAGCGCUGCUGUCUCCAUGUUAGUUUUCCUAAAGAAGAACAACAUGAAAACCAAAUUCAUCAAUGGAGUCUCCUCGUCCCCCUCCAUGUCCCUGGAGCUGCUGGUGACGGAGAACGCGCUGCAGGUCCAGCCCGACGCCCAGGAGGACAGCAAGGAGCCGGACUGCGCGGACCUGCCCGACCCGGACACCCGGCACCGGGCCUACCUGUGGACCCGCGAGUUCCUGCACGGGGCCUGGAAGAUAGUGCCCGAGGAGGACUACCACAUCACCGUCAUAAGGGGUGGUCUGAGCAACAAGCUCUUCCUGUGCAGCCUCCCCGACAGCCUGGACUCUGUCGGGGACGAGCCGCGGUGCGUCCUGCUGCGCCUCUAUGGGGCCAUCCUGCAGGUGGGAGACACAUCUAGUCGUUUUUACCGUAUAAAAAAAAUACAAGUAAAAAUGUCCUGUAAUAAAGGAGAUUCCCGACAGUCGAACAAAGAAAACCUGUUCCAGGGCGCGGAGGCCAUGGUGCUCGAGAGCGUGAUGUUUGCGAUCCUGGCCGAGAGGCAGCUCGGCCCGAAGCUCUACGGGAUUUUCCCUCAGGGCCGAUUGGAGCAGUACGUCCCUAGUCGUAAGCUGGACACGUGUGAGUUAAGCGACCCCAGCAUCUCGGCGCAGGUUGCGGAGAAGAUGGCCAGGUUCCACGGGAUGAUGAUGCCUUUCAACAAGGAACCCAAGUGGCUCUUUGGAACCAUGGACAAGUACCUGAACCAAGUCAUGAGGUUGAAUUUCACCAGAGAGUCACAUCUGCGUCGCUUCAACCGCCUGCUCAGCUACAACCUGCCACAGGAAAUGGAUCUGCUCAAGUCUCUGCUGGACUCCACCCACUCUCCGGUUGUGUUCUGCCACAACGACUGUCAGGAAGGGAACAUCCUGCUGCUGAAUAGCCACGAGAACUCAGACCAACAGAAGCUGAUGCUCAUUGACUUUGAAUACAGCAGCUACAACUACAGGGGAUUUGAUUUCGGCAACCAUUUCUGCGAGUGGAUGUACGACUACAACUGUGAUGAGUUUCCUUACUUCAAAGUCGACGCUCAGGCCUACCCCUCCAAGGCCCAGCAGCUGCACUUCAUUGAAAACUACCUGCGUGAGUCUGACGGCAGCUUCGAGCAGCUGAGCGAAGACGAGCAAACGAAGCUGAAGGAGGAGAUGUACGUGGAGGUCAACAGGUUCUCCCUGGCAUCCCACUUCUUCUGGGGCUUGUGGUCCAUCAUCCAGGCCCGACUCUCCACCAUCAAGUUCGGAUACAUGGAAUACGCCCAGGCCAGAUUUGACGCCUACUUCCAGCAGAAGAAGCUCUGGGCUGUCUAACGAGCUGAUGGGAUGUAUUUUAUAACAGGUUCAGCCACAUGGCAGCAGGAGGACGUACAGGCUGAUUCCACCAUCCACACUUUACUCGCACUCCCUGCCUAGAGGGGAUCUGCUGGCUAGUGCCGCUGUCGUGCUUACCAAAGCCAAAACCUUGAUCGCGUGGCUCGGAUACUUAAAGUACGACGACCACAAUCCAUUGCAGCUCAGUAAAAAAAUCCCAGAGAACCCCAAAAAAAGAAAAAUCCUGACUUGUGCUAACGUUCCUCACUGGUCGGAGCUGCUCUCUGCUUCCGCCUCGUUCCAAACAUAUCACUAAGACAAGUGAGGAACCAGGUGGACUUAGGUUCCACCGGCCCCGCCUGUUCCUGAGGUCUGGUGGGAUCUCUUCUCUUUCCACAGGUCAGACCGAGGUCUUCACUUCCAUCGCACACUUCAGCUUGUUUGAUUUUCUUCUUGUUUUAAACGGUUGUUUUGGGGGGAUUUUCUUCAGGCAGAUUCAGUGACGUCGUACAUCAAAGUUUUCUGAGCAGCUGCUCAAACUCCACCAAAUCGAAAAUCAAAGACGUCAAACUUCAGCUGUUCCCGUUUCUAUUAGAUCUAAUUCUGUGUGGCUUCCUUACUAGUACUGUUACACUGAUCGACUGUGACUUUCCUCAGCCUGUUGUAUGUUUGUACUAACGGGGGAUUGUAUUAUAAUGGAUCGCUGUGACAGGUAGAUCCACAUCUGUGAAUAUCUUACGUUUGGGUAUUACUACAUGUUCAGCCAAAUGGCUACAGGACAUUCCGGUCAGCCGCGCUUUAUGAGCCGAGGGAAAUGUUAGUACGCUGUCUGGGACGCUAGCGAGCUAACUGACAUUUCUGCUUUUUUAUUUUUAUUUUUUUGACUUUUAUAAAUGGUUUCUGCAUUGAAGAAAACUUCACACAGUUCACAUGACAGUGGUUCCUUAUUGUGGUUUCUAUGGUGAGGCCGGGAGGAAACGCUUACGUGACAACUCGACUCACAAUCGUACCCAAAAACGACAUUUUACGACACAGCUGAAUUUUGCUUCAUUUACUUGUUGAAGUAAGUUGUAGCUUGACUCUGUUAAAGCGGCAUUUGUAGUAAAAAAUGUGACUUUUACUGUAUCGAUCAGUGACUUUCUGAGCUCUCGGUGCUGCAGAGAGAAGUGAGUGGUGUCUCUCACCUCGUCGAACCCAAACUGUUUGAAAAUGGGAGACGUGACAGUGAAAACUUUGACUAUUUCGUCCUGCUGCUUCUCAUCCAAACAUCCUGAGAGCGGCUCAAUCCUACCUCACCCCAUCGAGUCGUCGCACAGCGAGUACGAGUUUCACCUGCUGCUGCUGACACAGCGUUUACUUUGCCUUUGAUUGGGACUUUGAUGUGUGGAAAUUUAGUUUAUUGUCUGUAUCGGCACUUCUCACAUUCUGUGAAUUUAACGGCAUUCCUCUUUUCACAGCGACCACGAUUUAGCCUCUGGGCUUGUCCCUACGGAAGCAGCGCCCCCUGUUGGACUUGAUAAGAAAUGUGUUGAAUGACUAAAAGUUUUUCCGUGAUAGAAAUCGGUUUUCUUCACGAUUCCCAAAUUGUUACCCAAUGACGAACCAUCACCAUAGAGCUGUGUCGGAAAAUUGCUCCUUGUUUACGAUAGAGUGCUGUACACUACUUUUACGCUAGCAAUCCCACAAUGCAAUUCUCUGCAUUUCACAUAUGCUAAAGUUACUGUUGUUCAUCUCUACAGCUGCUGGUAAAAACUCGAAAAAACAGCAAGACAAAAAAAAUCCUGCGGGAAAAAAUUUGCCGAAAUCUUAAUGCGUAAACUGUUGAUAAACAGAACUAUAGGAAGAAGUGAAUAAAUGAUCACGGGAGUGAUUUCGAACACAGCUCCCCCGUCCGUCUUAUUUACCGAAGCCUGUCGAGCUUUCGAGCAGCACAUGUUUAGCACUUUAAAACGGAAAUCUGCCCAAAUCCGAUCCUCGAAAUUCAAAAUAUUUUCCUAAAACAAUCGGCCCUUGAUUUGAAUGACAAUGAUGGACAAAGGCGCGCUUGAUUCUUCCAACAGUAACAACAAAUAUCACCGGCUGCCUCCUGCUGAUUUGUUAACAGCUCUAAUGCAAGAAUCCUGCACAUAGAGUUUUAUAUAUAUACAUAUAAAGCAAACCUGAAAUUUUGAAACGUGCCGCACACCUUCCAGAACGUUGCUAGCUUUGUAGAUUUGGUUUUAAAAAGACAAAACCAACAAAGAUUCCCAAAACUCUCUAAAUAUCAAGUCUUGCUGUUACCAGACCCGCGUGAAUAACGACCCGGACCCAAAGUUUUAGCGGCGACGCCUAGUUACAGUUGCAAAGCUACGAUUGGACAAUCGCUGUUUAGGAUCGGGGGUUUAGCGAAAGACGACCCAAAGUCGCAAUCGUCAAAACUGAGAAUAUUUGCCAAAUACCUGCUCAAAUCAUAUUAACAUGUUGUAGGAGGAUUAACGGAGAAUAAUGCAUCUGAAGAAGUUGUGCUGCUACACGUGAAAAGUGUUCUAGUGCCACAGAGGCUGCUCGUCCACAUUCAUUCCAGUGAAGCUGUAGCAGAUUCAUACGUGUUCCCUGUUUACCUGUGGGAGUGACUGGGAUUCACCUGAGGGAACUGAGCCGGGUCAUGACACUAAUGUGAUCCCUUCACCAAUCAUCUACUGGAAAAACCCAGAAUGUUUGAAUGUCUACUGUGGCACUUUCAAUCUGAGGACGACAAAAUGUUCACAAACACAUAUAUAUAUAUAUAUAUAUAUAUAAAUAUGUAUAAACUAAUAUGUACUUGAGUAUUUUCAUGUUUAAACAUCUGGGGGUUGUUGAACUGUGACUUUUGAGCUGAUGAGAUGUUAUUUUACAUACAAAUGUGUUUUAUUGUAUAUUCAUCUUUAUAUUUCUUUUGGAAUGUGGUUAAUGUAUAUUUUCAUCGUUAUCUUUAAGGCUUGUGCUCUGAUACAACCGUUCAAAUUGUUGUUGGUACAUCUCUAAUGAAGCAAUAGUCUUUACUUCAGAACAUUCAGUGGCUGUUUCUUUACUAAACCUGAAUUUGUAUUUUUCUUAUUCAGAAGUUUAUUUUGAAAUGUUUGUAUGAUAAGUAUUUGCCCUGAACAAUUUCCAUCUGAAUAUUGAUCACCAGGAUUUGCAGUUUUAGUACCUUCCAUUCUUUGCGUGCACUUAGGACCAAAUAAAACUAAAAUGUUCAUCUAAUUGGUUCUGAUAAAUUUAUUUAGUAGAGAACAAACACAUUUAAAUCUGUUUAAACUUGUAUUUAGUAUUCGCCAAGAAUAAAAGUAUAAAAUAAGGGUAAAAUAUGAACCAAACACACUUGCACCAUAUCAGUCUGGAGAAUGUACAUUGUUCUAAUUGUUUUUUCUUUAAACACAUCUGUUCUGUGUUAGUAGCCUUAACUGCAUUAUCACGUGACUCACAGUGAAAACCUUUGCGAUCUAUGCAGCUUUACUGAAUGCAUAAUGUAUAAAAACAUGUUUUUAAUUGAAUGUGUUUCAGGUUAAUCACAUAGAAAUGAUCUUGGCUGUAAAUCUACCUGCUUUGCACAAAUAAAAACUGAAGAGGAAAGAAAA